GCAUAUUUGUUUUGAUUUUUGUAAUUAUUUGUAAUCACAGAAGUCAGAAAGUUUAAUGAUAGGUAUUAUUAACAUUAGGGACAAUAUUGUUAUUGACUUCAAUAAUACGGACUCAGUGCUUUAACAGAAAGAAAUAAUGGUCGAGGAAGAUGAAUAUGCUUGUGUCAAUAAAGUACAAUUAAAAAUUAAAGAUACUUCUGGAAUUAAAAAGAAAAAGAAGAAGAAAUCUAACAAGGACACUGAAAAAGCUAUUGAAGCUGAAGUGAAAGAACAAGUCAAACAACAAGAUGUUCAAAAAAGGACGAAAGCUGAAUUAGCUUUCCAAAAAAUGCAGGAAAAAAUGCAAAAGCAAAGAAUACAACAGAAAGCGGAGAUGACACACAAACAGAGGGUUGAAAAGUUUAACCAACAUCUUGACAGUCUUACUGAACAUUUCGAUAUUCCUAAAGUAUCAUGGACAAAGUGAAAUAAACUUGUUGAUGUUCUUAGAAUGGUUUAUACACUACUCCCAUACUAUAUUUUAAUCAACUUACUAUUUUCAAUGUGGUUAUCAUGUGAUACGGACAAAAGACAAUAAUCAUCAGAUUCAACAAUAAAAUAUGACAUGGA